UUCAGUUCCAGAGCAGUGCACUAGUCAGACUCAGGACCAAGGCGGCGACGGCGAGCGCGACCGCAAGCGCUUGCCCCGGCUCCCCGAGAGAUCCGAGCAGCGGCCGGCAAGAUGUUUGACGAUCAGGACCUGGGUUUCUUCACCAACUUCCUGGGCAUCUUCAUAUUUGUCUUGGUCAUCGCGUACCACUUUGUGAUGGCAGACCCCAAGUACGAGGGAAACUGAUCACCUUUUUGUUGAGGAUGUCACCGUAUUAUACUUGGAUCAAAUCAAAAUAGGGAAAUAUGUCUGUUAAUUAAUGCUAGGGGGGCACUUGACUGUUAUUUACUGCUUAUCGUGAAAAUUGGAGGUGCAGCUUCUGGCAUUGCGACUUGAACCGUGUUUAAUCCGUUGAACUAGUGAACUGCGGAAAUUUAAGAAGCGAUUUUACUUAUGUUA